AGGGCAAGCAACAUUAGAAGAAAACAAAUUAUAAUUAUAAUUAGAGAAGAGAUUUUUUUAAUUGAUUAAAGCUGAAAAAUUAAAACACAAAACAAACAAACAUCUCACUCUUUCUCUCUAUAAUCUCUAUUACUAUUAAAGCUUUGUUUUUGUAACUUUUGCCUUUUCUUUGGCUGUUAAAAUUACUCUCUCUCUCUCUCUCUCUCUCAAGCAAUCCUACGCUACUCUCUCCCUGUCUCCCUUCCGCUAUUGAAAUCUAAGCGACACAACAAAAUUUCUCAAUUCUUUUUUCUUCCCCUUUCAGGAAGCCCAAGCUUUGAGCAUGAUGAUACUUGCAAUUCUGGUUGCCUGGGAUUCAUCCAAUCCCAUGUACAAUGAAGGUGUUUAAACACUGUAGAAGUUUGGAAGUAAAUAUUAAUUGGAUUGAAGCUCUCUUGUGUACUUCAAUGGAGAUAGUCUACCUAUCUCACCAGUCUACCAACUAGUUCACCAGUGAAGAAUUAUUUGAGAUAAGGUGAAACAGUAAUUAGUAUGUCUGAGCUGAUUGAAGGUCUUCCAGAUGCCAUUGCUAUCAGGUGCAUUGCACGGGUUCCCUUUUACCUCCAUCCCAAGUUAGAACUUGUCUCUCAUUCAUGGCGAUCUGCCAUUCGUAGUCCUGAGCUAUUCAAGGCCCGACAGGAGGUUGGUUCAGCAGAAGAUCUACUAUGCGUGUGUGCUUUUGAACCUGAGAAUUUGUGGCAGCUUUAUGAUCCUCUUCGAGACCUUUGGAUUACUCUUCCUGUUCUGCCCUCAAAAAUCAGGCACCUUGCCCACUUUGGUGUUGUCUCGACUGCAGGAAAACUAUAUGUACUUGGUGGUGGUAGUGAUGCAGUAGACCCAUUGACUGGCGACCAGGAUGGAAACUUUGCGACCAAUGAAGUUUGGUCAUAUGAUCCUGUAAUAAGACAGUGGGCCCUCCGUGCAUCCAUGCUAGUGCCGCGUGCAAUGUUUGCUUGCUGUGUUUUGAAGGGGAAGAUAGUUGUUGCAGGUGGUUUCACCAGUUGUCGAAAGUCAAUAUCUCAAGCAGAAAUGUAUGAUCCAGAGAAAGAUGUCUGGAUCCCGAUACCUGAUCUGCACCGAACUCACAACUCGGCAUGUUCUGGAAUAGUUAUUGGGGGAAAGGUGCACAUCUUGCACAAGGGCUUAUCAGCAGUGCAAGUAUUGGACAAUGUAGGGGCUGGAUGGACAGUUGAAGAUUAUAAUUGGCUACAAGGUCCAAUGGCAGUUGUUCAUGGUGCCUUGUAUGUGAUGAGCCAUGGACUAAUAUGCAAGCAGGAGGGUAAAGUCAGGAAGGUAGUGGUGUCAGCUUCCGAGUUCCGCAGAAGGAUUGGAUUUGCCAUGACUGGACUGGGGGAUGAUAUCUAUGUGAUUGGAGGGGUGAUUGGCCCAGAUAGAUGGAAUUGGGAUAUCAAACCAAUGUCUGAUGUUGAUAUCUUGGCAGUUGGGGGUGAGAGACCAACUUGGCGACAGGCAGCUCCCAUGUCAAGGUGCCGAGGCACAAUUCUUGGAUGUGCACAACUGAGAAUCUAGGUUCCUGGUCUUCAUUUGUCAUUUUUGUUGCAUUGCUGUGAAAAUCAUGCUCUUGUCAAGGCAUUGAAAGAUGUCCCUCAGUUUUUAGGAGACGAGGAAUGUAACUUUUUCGCCCUGCCUUCCUUGCUUCUUGAUCCUUGUCCUUGUUUGCUCUUGAUCCUUGGGAGUUUUGAGAGAAACUCCUAUUUUGAGGGCAACGCUGAAGGUUCUGAAGCAGUUUAACUGAUGAGUGGUACAUGAAAUUUUAGUAAACAGGAACCUUUUUUUUUGUUUUUUUCUGUUCUUCUUUUCUUCUUUACUUUUGAAGUAAGUGAACAAAUUAUUCGUCAACCAGUUUCUUUUUAUUCUUUCCGCCCAAUACAUUUGAAGUAAUUGUAAAUUUGUGGCCAAGGAGUAGAAGUUAUAGUAGUUAAAUAUUCAUGUUCAA